AUGUCCCAGCCAGAAUUAAAGAAAGCCAAGACCUCCUCCAAGAAGACCAUUGUGGUGCUUCCGGGUGACCACGUCGGUUCGGAGGUCACCGCGGAGGCCUUGAAAGUGCUCAACGCGCUUUCAGCCAUCGACUCGUCCAUCGAGUUCGAGUUCCAGCACCACUUGAUCGGUGGCGCGGCCAUCGACGCUACGGGUGUUCCAUUGCCGGCCGAGGCUCUUGCCGCCGCCAAGGCCGCGGAUGCGGUAUUGCUCGGUGCUGUGGGUGGCCCGAAAUGGGGUACUGGCACCGUCAGACCGGAACAGGGAUUGUUGGAGAUCAGAAAGGAGUUGAACUUGUACGCAAACCUCAGACCGUGCAACUUUGCCUCGGAGUCAUUGCUUGAAUUGUCUCCGUUGAAGUCGCACAUCGUUAAAGGCACGGAUUUCACCGUGGUCAGAGAACUCGUGGGCGGAAUCUACUUUGGCGAGAGGGUCGAAGACGACGGCUCGGGUUUUGCCAGCGACACCGAGGCCUACUCUGUGCCGGAAGUGCAGAGAAUCACCAGAAUGGCCGCCUUUUUGGCCUUACAGUCCAACCCACCGCUCCCGAUUUGGUCCUUGGACAAGGCCAACGUGCUUGCCUCCUCCCGUUUGUGGAGAAAGACCGUGACAGCUACCUUGGAGGCCGAAUUCCCACAGUUAUCCUUCCAGCACCAAUUGAUCGACUCCGCCGCCAUGAUCUUGGUCAAGUCGCCAACCAAGUUGAACGGGAUCAUCAUCACCUCCAACAUGUUUGGGGACAUCAUCUCUGACGAAGCCAGUGUUAUUCCAGGCUCCCUUGGCUUGUUGCCAUCUGCCUCGCUUGCGUCUUUGCCGGACACUAACACCGCCUUCGGGUUAUACGAGCCAUGUCACGGCUCGGCGCCAGACUUGGCUCCGGGUCUUGUGAACCCAAUUGCCACGAUUUUGUCUGCUGCCAUGAUGUUGAGAUUAUCCUUGGAUUUGAGCAAGGAAGCUGAUGCAGUUGAAGCUGCGGUGAAAAAGGCCUUGGACUCUGGGAUCAUGACUGGGGAUUUGGGCGGUAAGUCGUCGACUCAGGAGGUUGGUGAUGCGGUUGUGAAGUUUCUUCAGGAAAUCUUGGCCUAG